UCUGUUUCUCUGUAUAUUCCUCUCUCUCUCUCUCUCUCUCUCUCUCUAUAUAUAUAUAUAUAUAUAUCAUCUGAAGGAAUUUCAUCAUUUUCGUUGAUUAUUCUGGGAAUUGUUUUCUGUCGUUGUUCUUGGUCGCUUCUGAAAAAGUUGUAACCUUUACAAUCUUUUAAUCUGAUUUGGAAACUCUCGGUAGUGGGUAAUCCGAUUUCUUAGGAUCUGGGUUUGUCUGAAUCGUUCAAAAUUUUUCAUCUUCUUGCAUUUUGGAUUUGAUUGGAAUCAAAUGUUAAGCUUGGAAGCGCCGCAGAACCCGAUGCAGUUCAAGCACGCCCAGAUGGUUUCUUACGCCGGAAAUAAUGGCGGCGGCGGCGGUGAUCAGCAGCACCACUACCAGAUGCAGAUGCAGCCGCCGGUGAAACCGUCACCGUACCUCUACGCCUCGAAACCCAAACAAUCAUCGUCGCUUAGCGACGAGGACGAACACGGGUCGGGUCCCGGGUCAGGGUACAACCCGGAAGACGGCGCUGGAGCCAACGGGAAGAGGAAAUUCUCGCAGUGGCAGAGGGUGAAAUGGACGGACACGAUGGUGAAGCUAUUGAUAAUGGCGGUUUUCUACAUGGGCGACGAAGCUGGCUCGUCGGAACCCACCGCCGACCCGGCGAAGAAGAGGCUCUCCUCCUCCUCCCCCGCCGGCGGAGGGAUGGUGCAGAAGAAAGGGAAGUGGAAAUCGGUGUCGAGAGCGAUGAUGGAGAAAGGGUUCUACGUGUCGCCGCAACAGUGCGAAGACAAGUUCAACGAUUUGAACAAGAGGUACAAGAGAGUGAACGACAUGCUCGGCAAGGGAACAGCCUGUCGGGUCGUGGAGAAUCAGGGCUUGCUCGACGCCAUGGAUAUUCCUCUCAAGCUGAAGGAAGAAGUCAAGAAGCUCCUCCACUCCAAACACCUCUUCUUCCGCGAGAUGUGCGCUUACCACAACAGCUGCGGCCAUCUAAACGCCGACCCACCGCAAACGCAAAUGCAAACGCAGACGCAGAGCUGUUUCCAUCCAGCGGCGGCGGCGGCGGCGGCGGCGGAGGAAUCGGAGCCGGAAACAGCAGAAGAUUCGGAGAGUGGUGACGAAUCGUCGGAGGAGGUGGGGAGGAAACGGAGGAAGAGAGCGUCGGAAUCAAUGGCGGUGACUGUGUUAAUGGAGGAAGCAGGGAAAGUGGCGAUGGAGGAGAAGAAGGAGUGGAUGAAGAUGAAGAUGGUGGAAGUGGAGAUGGAGAAGCAGAGACUGAAAUGGAUUAGGUUUAAGGGUAAGAAGGAGAGGGAAAUGGAGAAGACGACUCUCCAGAUUCAGAGGCGAAGGCUUGAGAACGAGCGCAUGUUGCUCCUCCUCCGCCGCAUGGGAAUGGAGUUGGGGCUUCAGUCGGGUCGAAUCGGGUAAACGGGUCGGACCGGGUUCCGGGUCGUGAUCCGAUCAUAACAUGGUUCGCAUUGGGUUGCAAUUAGGUUUGUUAUUGAGAAUUAGGUUUUGUUAGUAGUUUUGGUUCAUGGUAGGAAUUUUAAUUUAGCCUCAUAAUAGUUUCUUUGUUGUAGCAUUGAGAAACUUAUCCGUUUUAUUAUGUAUACUUAACAAAUAGAUUAA